UUUCAAGGUGAUGCUUGUUCUAGUACAAAAUAUAUUCAGGCAUAUGUUUGUUGCGUUUUCAUAUCUCCUCUGUGUAUUUAUAUAAACUUUUUAAUUCUGCCUUUUCUCACCAGAUUUGUCAGAAGACGUAAUGGUUGUGUGAUGCAAAAAGAUCACCUUAUUUUAUAAUGCUGUGUGUAUACGGAUACGGUUAGCGUUCCGGUGAUAAAAAUGAUAAAGCUUAAAGUGGCCUCUAUGGCUCAGUAUCAAGUGCACUGGCUUCUAAAGCGGAAGGCCUUGGGUUAAAACCACAUAUGAAAUAACCACUAGCUUUUAAGAUGACACUUAAAUUAAGUAGGAUAUCAUUAACCGGGCCGACUAUAAAUGAAAUUAGAUACAAACAAAAGCAUACAAUGAUUAUUUUAAAAAGUAAGUGUCAUACUCAAUUUUCUUUUGAGCUAAAUCAGCACAUGCACUAAUUAAAAAUACUACUUUGUCUACAUUUAAUGCUGGUAAAACAUUAUCUGUAUUUUGUAACAUGGGUAUUAUUAACAAAGGCCAACAGAACAUAGAGAACAACAGUAAUUAACGUAUCGUACCCAUAUAAUUUCAAUGUUAUUUGGCAUAAUGAGAUAUUUAUCUUUUAUUUCAGACAAAGUCAAUUAAAAGAAGUGAUUUAAAUGAAGUGUUAUUUGAAAAGUUCAGAAUUGCUCAACAGGAACAAAUCAGUGCGGCUGCGUCACACGAUCCUGAUCAAAUUGAUGUCUUUCAAGAAUUAAAAGAAGUUCCAGUAGAAAUUAAGGAUGACCCAUAUACUAUCAAUCUGUACAGAAAGGCCCUUCAAGAUGGAAGAGAACUAGAUCAUUCAAUUCGGAUAAACAUCGUUGGGAACUUUUCUCAGGGAAAAACAUCUCUUGUACGAAGACUGAUUGGACAGACUGUUGAUGAUGUUAAAAUGACCAACGGAAUAGACAUAGACCGUUAUCAUUGCGAACACACUAGGGAUGGCGCUUUUUUAUACAGAAAAGUAAGCCUUACAUCGGAUGGUCGGGAUUUUAUAAGUCGCAUAAUUUCAAUUGCGCAGUCAAUUGAGGCAAAAAGAAAAGAAAGUGUAGCCUCUGAUGGUAGUACUUCUGAAAACGAGGAAGGCGGCAUUCCGGAUGAAUCAGAUGUUGAUUUUUCCAAAGAUAUUGAGAAAAAUGAGGAGUUGCAGUCAUUUCUACGCGAGAUUAGAUCAGGUAAAAUGUCCGAAGAAUCAGAUUUAAGAGAGCAAUUGUAUAUAUGGGAUUUUGGCGGUCAGUAUGUAUUUUAUGCAACACAUACAAUGUUCCACUGUUCAAGGGCAAUUUAUCUACUCGUAUUUGAUCUUUCACGUAAACUAGAAGAUAACAUUAAGGAUGAAUUGUUUCCGACAGAAACCGGUGAUAAAACAAUGGAAUAUUUCAUAAAAUUUUGGAUGAAUUCAAUUCAUGCAUUCGUAGGAUCAAGUGAUGCCUCACAUCCGCCAGUAAUUUUGGUGGGUACCCACAAAGAUAAAUUGGAAGGAGACGACGAGAUAAAACGAAAGACUGCAAGCGCAUAUUUUAAUAAAGUCAGAGAACUGUUUGAUGACACUGACGUACACAAUCAUAUUCAAAUAGAUGAUUUCGCCAUCGAUAACACAUCCCCAAAUGAUGAAGAGAUCAUUAAUUUGAGAAAAUUGAUUAUCAUCAUUGGCAAGCGUAAAGAAUUUAAAGCAGAAAUUCCGGCUAAGUGGAUUCCAUUAGAAAAAUCAUUAAAUAAAUUGACCCACGAAAAUAUUAUUACAUUUGAUGAAGUGAAGGAAAUAGAUGCAAAAAAUGAAUUUUCACUUGGUGACGAAGAACAGAUCAAACUGUUUUUGCAGUACCACCACAUUAAAGGAACAUUGGUAUAUUUUGACGAAGAUCCAAUUUCAGGGCAUAUAGUUUUAAAUCCACAAUACUUAGUAGAUGCCUUUAAAUGCAUCAUAACGUCCCAAAGAUUUUGUAACAAUGAUCCUACAAUUCGUCCAUUAUGGAAAAAGUUGAUGAACAAUGCAAGAUUAGAAACUGGAUUGAUCGAACACCAGUGGAGUCAGAAUAAAGACAAAUCGUUUCUGGAGAAUCAAGACAUUCUUCUAGCCUUUUUAAAGAAACAUUGUAUUAUAUCUGAAGCAAUGGCUUUUGACGAGAACAGUUAUACGUCAAGCGGACUUGGCUGGUUUGUUGUACCUAGCCUUCUAAAGCAUCAUUGUUCUCCAACUCUCAUUGAUGAUUUUCUGAACGGCAAAAAGCAGUCAUUGAUUCGACUUGCCUUCCGUUUCGGUAACUCUUCAGUUAUUCCAACUGUGUUUCACCGCCUAGUAGCAGCGAGUCUAGGAAAAUGGUCUGUCGUGACAUUCAAGAGAAAACAUUUGCUUUUUGAAAACCUUGCAGUGUUAAGGUUGGAUAUCGAACAUGUUGGACUAAUUGAAAUGGAUUUGCCAGAAAUGACUAUAGAAUUGGUACUUGUAGGUUUGAUUGGAAAAGUUACAUUGGGGGAUUUUUUCCGGCGGUUCACGGAAUCUUUAUGUAAACAUGAGCUAGGAAGACAACCUAGGUACAAAGGAGAAUAUAUAAAGCCUUACUCCUUUGGUUACAGAUGCAACCACGAGAGUCAUGGUCAAGAAAAAUGCCGGUUAAUGGAUAUAUCAGAUUUAAAAGACAGAAAGGAAGUACCUUGCGAAGACUAUGGAAAUCAUAAAAUACAAGUACAUGAGGCAAAAUCAGAAUGGUUUCUUCCAGAUGACAUUGAAACGACAAAUAUUCCGUGUAAUAAGCUGUCAGACAAGGACAUUGGAAAAGUAUCUCAAGCUUUAGGAAAGAACUGGGAGUUUCUAGCACUGACGUUAGGUGUCACACAAGUGCAGAUCGACAACUUAAAACAAGACAAUCACAGCACUGUCAUGACCAUAUACGAGAUGCUCCGAUUAUGGCAUCGGCAGACAGGAGAAAGAGCGACUUUACAUUCACUUGUAGAAGCAUGUCAAAGUGUACCAACGUUGACAGUAGACUGGGAUGAGUUUAGGAACAUAAUUGAUGAAAUGCAAAGUGAACUAAUAACUCAUUUCUGAGUUAAUAAUAAUGAUAUUCAAGUGAGUAACCGUUCUAGAAAUAACAAUGCAAGUACUGUCAUUAAUUUAGAGAUGGAAACGACAUAAUGAAACGGAUCUGAUUAUAGCUAAAAGAAGAAUCCAUGCGAUAAAUAUGUCCAGAGGGCUCAUUGCCGUUAGGUCAACAUUUUCUCUCGAACUUUUAUUUUCUUUACAUUGUAAUGGAUUUGUGGUUCACCAUUAAAAUUGUACGAAAUUUGGAGAUUCAAAUCAAUCUGAGACGGUAACACAAUAAACAUUCGAUUGGGUUCCUAAAGUGAUUAUUGCUUAUGAUGAGGGCAUCACAUCUCAUGUUAAACCAGACACGUAUAGCAGAAAUGUUUUAUAUACUGUUUUCGAGGUUUUAAAUGGGCAUUAUAACGAUUAUGUUAUUACAAUGCGUGAAUUUGCUAUAAUUACUUUUCAUUCUUACAAAGCUUAAGGUAUUCUGCAUGUUUAAAAAUUCUUUUUACAAUGUAGAGUUUGAUUAAACCAAGUUUUGUUAGAACUUCAUACUUACAAAGUCGUCAAAUAAGAAAAAAACGUAGGGUCGUGUG